AUGUCUAAAAAUAAUCUUUCAGCAAAAGAUGAAGCAUUAUUAAUACUUGAAUAUCUUGAAAGUGAACAUAUGUCAAAAACAUUUUUAAAUUUUCUUGAUGAAAGUAAACAUCUUAAUCAACUUCGUACAAAUCUUUAUAAUAAUUAUGAAAAAUCUCAACAAAUAAAUAUAAAUGAAAUUAAUGAAUUUCAAACAUUUUUUAAUUUAUCAAAACAAAUUAUUUCACAAUUAAAUAAUCAACAACAAAAUAAUGAAAUAACAUUUGUAUUAAAUAAAAAUUCAAAUGAUUUAAAUUUUAAUGAUGAUGAUGAUGAUUUUCUAAAUAAUUUAAUUAAUCAACAAAAACUACCUAUAAAUUAUUUAUCUGAUACAUCAAUAUCAUCAGUAAUUAAUAAUGAUAAUUAUAAUUCUAUAGAAGAAUUAUUUUCUAUAGAACAUAAUAUAUCAUCACAACAAAUUCUACAACCUAUAUUAGAUAUAUCAUCAUUAUCACAAGUAACAUUAACAGUACCAUAUACAAAAUAUAUAUUUGUUACACAAGAUUUUCUUCAAUCAAUAUAUAAUCAACAAUCAAUAAUAACAAAUAAUAAUAUUAAUUCUAUUCAUAAAUCAAAACGACGUAGACGAAAAUUAAAAAUUCGAAAAGAAAAUUAUUAUCAACAAAGAAAAAUUAUGCCAAAAAUAAUAUCAUCAAAUCAUCAUUAA